GUCAAAUUCGUAUCCACCUACGUGCCAAACCCUGUAUAAAAAGCAUCCAAACUUUGGAGCAGAGUAUCAUUCAUCACUGAAAAGAAAUAUUAACUACAACUUCAAAUAACAUUUUUAAGAACAAUUACAUAUUUUCACUUGAAAAUGAAGCUACUUCUAGUACUCGCACUUGUCGCUUUAGCGCAAGGCCGACCUGAAAAUGGCGACAAAAUCGACUACCGUCUCCUCCGAGCAGCCAAACAAGCCGAAACUGCCGACAUCUUCGUAUCAUUUCAAGAAGGCACGGUCGGAACGUUGCAGGCGAUCGAUGACACCCGAUUCGACAGUCGAGAAGACCGACUUGACGCCAUGAACUCUGCCCUCGUCCGGCUUGCAGGUCGUGUCCAGUCCAACGUCCUGUCCUAUCUCCAGGGUCGAUUCGAGUUCAAAUCCCUGUGGAUCACCAACCAGGUUUACGUCAAGGGAGCCACGAUGGACUUGAUCAUGGUCCUCGCCUCCUUCAACGAAGUCAAGAGUUUGGAGUUGGAGGAAAUCAUCGAAUUAGACACGAUCGUGGAGGGGCCAAUUUUUCGUGGAAGACAAGAUCCAUCGGGCGAAUGGGGCGUCAAGAAAAUUCAGGCGGCCGAAGCUCGUGAACUUUUGGGGUCCACGACUCAAGCGUCGCAAAUCGUGGUGUCAACAAUUGACACUGGAGCUCGACACACCCACGAAGCCUUGAGAGCCAACUGGUUCGGAGAUUAUGGAUGGUUCGACCCCUACGAUGCCAACGCGUUGCCCAUGGACAUCAACGGUCACGGGACUCACACGACUGGGACGAUCUGUGGCGCUGGAGGGAUCGGAGUCUAUCCGGACGCUAAAUGGACUUCUUGUCGCGGAUGUGCGACUUCAUCUUGUGCCCAGAACGCUCUUUUAGCAUGCGCCCAAUUCAUCACCUGUCCAACACGCCCUGACGGAAGCGCGCCUGACUGCAGCAAGGCCCCACAUCUCGUUUCUAAUAGUUGGGGAGGUUGUCGCGGUGCUACUUGGUUUGAUGGUGCAAUCGCUGCUUUCCACACUGCUAAAAUCAUCCCACUUUUCUCCAUCGGAAACUCUGGCCCACCCUGCAACACGGCAAAUUCACCCGGAGAUCGAAACGUGAUUGGCGUGGGUUCCACCACGGUCACCGACGAAUUGUCCUCCUUCUCCUCGGUCGGCCCUACCACCGACGGAAGAAUGAAGCCCGACAUCUCUGCACCAGGAUCCAACGUCCUUUCCGCCUACAACACGGCGGACGAUGCUUAUCGAGCCCUCUCCGGAACGAGCAUGGCCUGCCCCCACGCCGCCGGACUGACCUCUCUCCUCCUCGCCUACAACCCGAGCAUCAGCUUUGGCAAUGUGACGGCCCACAUGCGGGGUGGGGUUGACCAGGACCUCGUCGACAUGGGAAAGGUCUGCAGCGGAAUCCCCGACAACCAAUUUCCCAACCAUCAUCACGGCGAAGGCAGGAUCAACGCAUUCAAAUCCCUUCAACGACUGAUUAAUGCCUCCAAAUAACGAUUCUUCAGAAUAAUCAUCAUUUUGGAUCUUAUAUGAUAUGCUCAAAUUGUUAGCUUAGUUAAUUCAUCUAUUUUCUACUGGAAAAUAAAUAUUUGUGUAAUUUUUAUUAAUUUCAUUAGCUUUAAAAAUUACUUACAUAAAUGGAAUUUUACUUGGUUCCAAAUAUCCGCUAUAAAAGGAAUUAGUUAAAAUAUUCGAGAAACGUUCAACUUUAUUUUGUAACAGGUACACAAAUCAGAUUGCAAUAAUUUUAA